AUGUUAUACUUUACAAAUAAUUCUUAUAUCGACAGUACCGAAGAGAAUAUUACUGAAAAAUGGAACAAUACAAAGGAAGUUUUAAAUGAAGAUAAUGCAUCUACUGAAUCACUAACUAAUUUUAAACUUGAAGAAACUUCAGAAGAUGCAUUUGAUACAACUACUAUGAACUAUAUUAAUUUAUUAAAUACUUCAAUAAGCUCAAUUCAAUCUGAAGAAAAUAAACCAUUUGUUCUGCUGACAAAUAAAACAAAAUGUGGUUCACAAAAGUCAGAAUUAUUAUUUGGGAUAUUAAAAACAAAUGUAACAUUAUGUAUGGCAAGUAUAAUUAGUUCACAGUGGGUUCUUACUUCGUAUGAAUGCAUGCUUAAUCGUGAUAAUUCCACAGAUAGCACAUUAUGGACAUUUUAUACAUUGUCAUCUAGUUCUUUAGUGAAAAAUAUUCUUAGUCAAGAUAACGACAUUGCUCUAGUGCAAUUGGAGAACGAUGACAUUAUUUCUAAUUUGUGUCUUCCAAAAACUGAUAUAAUGAAUGAAUGUGUAAUUGCAGUUUGGAAUAAUUCGUCACAAGGUAAAUUUUCAAAUUAAUUAAUUGUAUUUAUUUAUGAAAUUUUAACUUUUUAACAUAUACAGGGUUCCUACUCAAAUUUUUGUUUUGAAUUCCAUGACUUUCCUGGACCAACUUUGUCCAAAUUCCCCGACCCUCACAUUUCUUAAUGUGGAAUAUCAACACAAUAAAACAGCAUUUUACUUACUGUGAACAUUGAGUACAUAUAUCCCAUUUUUGCACAGUUGAUAUGUUCCAAAGACUGCCACAUAAAAAAGUACAGUACAUACAUCCUGUAUAAAACUGUUUGAUAGGAUCCACAACUUAAAUAUAAUGAAAAAAUAAGCAAUUUACAAAUGAAACAUGAGUUUUUUUAUUUUAUCAUCAUUUAUCAUUAUUAUUUGUGUGUAAAUUUAAUAAACACAAGGUAGCAUAAAAUCAAUAAACAGUACUCUCUGAUAUACAAAUAGUACUGUGCUGUGCUGUGCUUAAAAAAGAUGUACUCUUGACUUAAAAACAUGUAAUUUUAAACCAAUCUUUCAACAAAAAGAGCAACUUUUUUAAACAGCAACAUAAUUUCAACAAAAAGUUAAAUUUAAAAAUGUUCAAAUAAAGCAUUUUUCCCCAUGUAAAAAAUCAAUUGGACUACCUAGUU